UUGACGAAAUUUUUCUCAAAAUACAGCUGCAGUGUGCUCGAAGUAUAAGGCAAUGUUUUAAUUGUCAAACUGUCAACUUUGCAGUUUCUUCAAAAAUCAGUAUUGCCUUACUUCACAAUAAGGGAAUAAUAAAAAAAAAAAAUUGAACAAAAUGGAUCGUAACUGGCGCUCUAAAACCGGUAUCGAGCCCAAAGAUAUUGCGGCUCGUUUGAAAGCCCUUUAUUCAUCAAAUCGCGGUUCUGGAACCAAACCACCAAAGGGCAAUCAGCCGCCACGUCAUCGCUUGUUGACCAUCGAAGCGCAGGAGGAAGAUGAAAAUAACAACAGCACGAUUGUUCCUUGUAUUUGCGAUCGUGCUUCAAAAGUUUAUGAGUGUGGCAUUUGCCAUCAAUAUUUUCGUGGACGCUUGACCGAGAAGUGCGUCAAGCAUCCUUUCGAAGUCUAUUUGAUGGAUUUUCGCGAGUGCCCAUACUGCCAAGCUUCCAUAGUGGCUAUCAAGGAGUCCGAUCUGACAUGGGAACAGAUUCGCAAAAUUGAAGACGCUACCUUGCCAGGCGGCAACGACGAUCUAUAAACGAGUUAGAUACUCGACUCGACAUCAUCAUUUUAUUGCCUGUUACACAUUUAACAAUGUUUAUUCUUUAAAAUACAACCGCGUACACGUACGCGUCUUAAAAUUUAAUUAGAUUCUUGGUCGUGCGGCCAAGCAAAUGACAA